AGAGACUGCGAGUCCUGCCUUACGCUGGAGUCGAAUUUUAAAAAUCCUCCCAAAGUUCCUAAAAGUCUGACAUAAAAACGAAUGCUUGUGAAUAAGACAGUACAUCUUUGAGCCUGAAAGUGCACCAGCAACCAGCUGAACAGCUUGUUAUCUCUGAACAAUCUUAAGAGGCAAACAGACAAUUGAAUGUGUUGAUGAAAGACAGAGAGUUCAACGUGGAAGGCAGCAACUGAAGUACGGCUGAGUCGUAACCAUUCUGCGAUUGGCUUCAUGCAAAGUUUCACCAAAGGUACUGGAAUUGUUGGAAAAUGAAGACUGGGUUAGAUCUAAGCAAAAUGAUGGACCUCAGCUUCCUGUCAGAGGAAGAACGACAGGACCUUCAGAAAGUCCUUAAAAGAGAUGCUGAUCUGACAAAUGUUGAAGAAAAGCGCAUCAGGAAAUUGAAGAAAUCAAACUUUGAAACAAAGAAAUUGAAAGUGAUGACAGGCGAAUGGUUCAAUGAAGUUAAAGCCAAGCGUUAUGGUGAAAUUGCUAGCGGCAUAGACAUUUUAAAGAAUUCGUUUAACAAAAAAAAGACGCCAGUUGUUCCAGAUGUUGCAGAGAAGGUGUCACAGAACGCAAGUGUGGUUCUCAAUUCCAGCCCUCCGUACCGAGUUAGUCCCUCAAAUCCAGAAACAUUAGAGAAAAGGUUAACAAAAGAAGCAGAAUUCGCACCAGAGACAGAGAUGAUGAUGCCUAAAUCCCAUAGUCAGGCACCCACAGAUAAACGUGAAGAUGAAGCAGUGACAUUGGAAGGAGACAUGGUUCGAGCAUUGAGAGGGAGAAGUAAUCAGGAUCACCAAGGCAAGUCUACGUCCCCCCGCACUGAGGUACUUCUGCCCAUCAGUGAUGCAUUGGUUACAGCAAAGGAUGUACCCACAUCAGAAACAAAUCCCUUUUCUAAUAUUAAUACAAGCUCACCCAGUGAAGCUCAAGUUUGGACAGCAGAAGAGGCUCCACGUCAUCAGAGUCCUCAUAAAGGUUCCCUGAAUCUAGACAUACAGAAUGACAUAUCUGAUGAAGCCGAUGCAGCCAAAAGUGCAGGACUUUUUAAACAAAUCAAUGACUCCGCACGCAGUCCCACCGCAAUGGAUGACACUGGAGUCGCUUACAGUGGUGUAGAAAUUGCACAAGAUCCAAACAAGAACAGUGAUUCAAUUGAAGGACUUUCCAGGCUGGAGAAAGUAGAAUCCAAUUCAGAGAAAAACUAUCCCAAUGCUGGUCUAAGUAAAAAAACCUCGGUUUCAAGAAGUCCAGCAAAUUUGCUAUCAGAAAUUCUGAAAGGUGGAAACAAGCCCCAAAAAAAUGACAAUGAUUAUACUGAAAAAUCAAACACGGUGCCAUUGCAAAAUGCAGCAGCAGAGAGUGUUGUGAGACAGUCCCCAGACUCAGGUAGUCUGUUUUCAAGACCUUCAGAUUCAGCAUCAGCUGAAGUUGGUAGAAAGUCCGAUGCAUCAACGUGGAAAGAUCAAUACGGAGACAAUAAUGUGGGCCAACAUUAUGAACCAGAGAACUCCACAGGUUCAAUGAGCAACCUAUCAAGCCAAAUCCGGACAUCAGGAGAAUAUUACAAUGAUGUACCAUUUGGGAAAAUAGAGUCUGAGAAUUCAAAAAGAAAAGGGAUUCUAAAGCGCAGUCCAAGUACCAGCUCCACUGAGUCUGAAAAUCUCUCCAAACUGAUCUCAAUUCGGCCUGUAGAAGAAAUAGGCGACAUGCCACAACAAUCAGAAGAUUACAGUGGCAACGCAAAGAUGGACGCAGGUAGCAAGCAAGUGAGGUUCUCAACCAAAAAGGAAAACAAGCCACAGCCAAAUGUAGUUGAAGGGUGGAAGACUGACCUCAAUGCUUCAAUGACUCCAAAUGAAGACCGUACCAUGUCGCAGCAAGAAGGAAGCAAUGACAACAAUUCUUCAACAUUGUCUGCAGGUGGAAGAAACGAAACCAAUCCAGUUGAAAAUCCGUAUUUGACCAACACAGGAACAACUGAACGUUUCCUACCACCAAACUUGAGAGACAACACAGAGGCGCUGCAAAAGAAUGUGCAAGGACCCAGUAAUGAUCCUUCAGACUUCAGUGUCAAAAUAAAUAAACCGGCCUCAGCAAAUCCCAUUAGGGCACCAAGUCCUUUGACGUCGAAUGAUCCAUACAGUGAAGAGUAUGAUUACUUUGAUGAUAUAACAUCUGAAUCCAGCUUUGGCUCAGACAUCCUGAAGCAGACAGAUGUACAAGUUAACUCAAAUCUGAGCUCUUCCAAGCUGAGUGGCAGUUUACUGAGUCUGUACAGUGAUGCUGGUGAUUUUGGAGAUGUUCCAGUUCAGGGAGCUGUACAAUUCAAACUACAGUAUGACGAAACAAAAAAAGAAUUUCAAAUCCAAAUAAUGCAAUGUCAAGGGUUGGCUGCAGCAAACAUCAGAAAGUACACCUCUGACCCCUAUGUAAAAACCUACCUUUUUCCUGAUCGUUCACGGCCAAGCAAACGCAAGACAUCUGUAAAGAAAGCUACAAUGGAUCCUCAUUAUAAUGAAAUCCUGAAGUACAAAAUACGGAAGCAAGAACUUCAGCGUCGAACACUGAAUCUCUCUGUGUGGCACAAUGAUACCCUUGGCCGCAAUGUUUUCCUUGGAGAAACUGAGGUGGAGAUGAGUAACUGGGAUUUGCACAACAACACUCUAAACUGGUAUAAUUUACACCCCAAGCCAUCCAAUUUACCUGAAGGAAGUAUUAACCAAGGAGAGGUUCAUGUGGCACUCAAAUAUGUUCCAGCAGAUCAAACAGAAGGGAAUAAAUCACUGAGCGGUGAAGUUCAUAUAUGGCUGAAAGGAGCAACACAAUUGCAAGAACUAAAGCCUGGCGGCGUAGAUUCAUUCGUAAGGUGUUAUAUUUUACCAGACACUAGAAAGAAAAGCAGGCAGAAGACCCGAGUGGUAAAGAAAUCUUUAAAUCCCAUCUACAAUCACACAAUGGUAUAUGACGGAUUCAGGUUGGAUGAAAUAAUGGAGGCCUCUGCAGAAUUAUCCAUUUGGGACCAUGAAACAUUUACCAAUCAGUUUCUUGGUGGUGUGCGCCUUAACAUGGGUACAGGAAAUAGCUACGGCCAAAUUGUGGAUUGGAUGGAUUCCAGUGAAGAAGAGACUGCUAUCUGGAAGGACAUGAUAGACAAAACAAAUGAAUGGGUGGAAGCAAUACUGCCUCUCAGGUCGACUAUGACAAAAAGGAAGUGAAAAACUUUAGUUACUGAUUCAAUUGGUUUGACAUAGUCAAACUUAUGAGUUAGCAACAAUUGCAAACAUUAUGCUUUCUGAACUUUUAUCAAUUAAUUUCAUUUUUGAGGGGUGAUGGGUAUUAGACAGUUUAUUAAAUAUUGAACAAAUAUAUGACUAAAUCAACUGGAUUAUUUGAAGAAUGAAAUAUACUUGGUAUUUGACACUUCAUUUCAGAAGAUGCUGAUUAGCAUGAAAUGUGUAUGAAAGACAAUAUUAAGAAAUUGAAAAAAAUUUGGGAAAUUUAAAGCAUGAUGAAAAACAGGUUAACGUUUGUUGAAAGGUGAAGAUUGUGUUGAGGUUGUGUGCAGUGUGUAAAAAAAGGUUAAAGAAUGGAACCAAUUUUCAUUAAUAAAACUCAUCGGCAAUGAAAUGUUAAAUACAAUAUUGGAAUAGUUGAAUAAGUAUGUAUCUUUUCUCACAGCAAAAUAAUUAGGCAAGCAAUUUAUAUACAUCAUGAUUGUGUUGUUUCAUAUAUUAAAAUAUUGCAUCUCUUAUUUUUCAAA